UGUAUGAUCGGCCGUCUGUUCGCUGCUGUGUCUCAGGGACUUCCGAGCUCGUUGGCCCCGGUGUCGCUGGUGAUGAAGCCGAAGGUUGUGUUCGUGCUGGGCGGGCCUGGCGCCGGCAAAGGGACCCAGUGCUCCAACAUCGUGGAGAACUACAGCUACACUCAUUUGUCAGCUGGGGACCUGCUGAGAGCAGAGCGAGCCAGAGAGGGGUCAGAGUUUGGACAGCUCAUUGCCAACCACAUCAAGGACGGUAAAAUCGUCCCUGUGGAGAUCACCAUCAAUUUGCUCAGGAAGGCGAUGGGAGAGACCAUGGAGAAAGAGGAGAAAAAGUUCAGAUUCCUCAUCGAUGGUUUCCCCCGCAAUGAGGACAACCUCCAGGGGUGGAACACUGUCAUGGAUGGCAAAGCAGAUGUCAAAUUUGUGCUUUUCUUCGACUGCGGUAACGAGGUCUGCAUCGACAGAUGUCUAGAAAGAGGGAAGAACGGUGGACGCACAGACGACAACAGAGAAAGUCUGGAGAAAAGAUUCCAAACCUACCUACAGUCCACUCGACCAAUCAUUGAACUGUAUGAGAAGCAAGGCAAGGUGCACAAAGUAGACGCCUCUCGUUCCGUGGAUGAGGUGUUCGCUGAUGUGAAAGCCAUCCUAGACAAAGAGGACUGAAUCUUCCCAACUGCCAACAUUCACUCACCUUUUUGGUUUUCUUUUUAACCAACUGCAAGUUCACUAUAGCAAGUUCAUGUACAUUCAUAUGACGUUUUACUUUGGUUACUUUUUGUUUUCCAUGUAUU